UUAUGCCCUACAUAGAAUAGAAAGUUAAAAGAGGGUUAGAAGGCUGAAUACUCCACAGCCUUUGCGCGUAUAGAAAAAGACACGUCAUUUUUUAUUUGACAGAUGUCAUGUCAGGUCAGUGACAGUUCUGCGGUAUGUUGCAAAUUGUAAACAAAGGUUAUUUUUAGCUAAUAAUUGAAUAAAUACCGGCUUAACCAUGGUUUCUAGUAAAAUUAUCGCAUUAAUAAUUGCGCUGGUGACUGUGGUGAGUGUAAAAAGUGAAUUUUCCACCGAGGACUGUGCAUCUUUAGGUUUUAUCAAGGCCAACCUACUGUGCUCGUCGUGCGACCAGUUAAAAGACUUUACGUUAGACGAUCUGAUCUCCCACUGCAAGGAAUGUUGCCACCACGACGAGUCAGACCCUAAGGAGAAGAAGUACGCGAGAGCAGUGCUGGAAGUGUGCACUUGUAAGUUCCCUGCAUACCCUCAGAUCCAGGCAUUCGUGACGGGUGACAAGCCCGGAAAGUUCCCGAACUUGCAGAUCAAGUACGUCCGUGGCCUAGACCCUAUCAUCAAGUUGUUCGACAAGGAUGGCAUAGUCAAGGACACAGUGGCCAUAGAGAAGUGGAACACGGACUCCGUGGAAGAGUUCCUGAACACACAUCUUGUGAAGGAGCAGGACGAUGACCGUCACUAUUUGAAGACUAACCAGAUUUAAGCUUUAAUUUUGUAAUAAAUUAAUUUUGUCAGGUA